CUUUGUAUGCAACCACUAGAAUAUUUGUUUUUUUUUUUCUGGUCAGUACAACCAACCGAAUACUCCAUUUUUAAAAUUUUAUAUAUUUCCAGGAAACCCAUGUUUUAAAAGUUCUAUAAACUUGACAUCUUUCUCCUCCACCAAUGGAUAUUUCUUAUUAAUAUUAAUGCAUUUUCAUGCUUUGAAGUAGUAUUGAUAUAUUUGUUUGAACUCAGAGAAUUAAUUGACCUCGAAAAUGUAUUCAAAUAGAUACCUGGAUGAAGGUCCUUCUUAUGAGAGUUACCACUUAUCAGAAGAUGAAAAUGAGGAUAUGGUCCGUGCUAUUGAAUUCUCUCUUCAAGAAUCUAAGGCAGAAGAAAUAUACACAGGCGAUACAGAGUAUCCCCAGAUUGAUGAAGUAGAAGAACUUGCACAAGCGCUGGAAGAAACCACAUUAUCUUCUACAGACUUGAGCACCAGUACUGGAGGCAGAGAACUGAAAUGGUGGAAACUUUUCAAGGAGUUAAAUCCAUUUGUCCAUGCAUCAAGGAGCACUUCUUUCUGGAGAAAGAGUAGAAAGCGGUGCAAUAUUCUUGUUUGUGAUGUUUGUGAAGAGGAGAUUUGCUCGGAUUGGUCAAGGUGUACAUACUGGGGCCAAACUUACUGUGAUAAGCAUACAUCUGAUGGAACUCCUCAGUGCUGCAGCUGUUCAAGAUUAAAGAUAGGAGACCUGAAGUAUAUCACUCUGAAUGAUGGUCGGAAACUUUGCUCCGAUUGUCAUUAUACAGCAGUGACAGAUCCUGGAGAUUGUAAGCCCCUUCUUGAUGAAGUGCACAGAUUUUUCAAAGGAAUGAACAUGAAAAUCCGAUAUUACAUUCCAAUUCUGUUAGUUGAUGAAAAAGAGAUGAUUAAAAAUGUUCAAAAGGUAGGCAGAACAAGCUUUUACAUUAGCAAGUGGAAUUUUAUUACUUCCAUCACAUUUUGUAGUAGUAAUAGUGUUUGGUUGGUUUCACAGACAUCACUUGGCUUGACUGUCUAUGAUAAAUCUGAAUUGGAAGCCAUAACUUAUGUGUCAAGGUCAAUACAAAAGGGUGAAAAAAUUAAAGUGGUGAAAGAAGUAGAGCAUUUGGUUGAAGGACGCAAAGUGAAAGCAAUGUGUCUUUUGUACGGCUUACCAAAGUUGGACUUGGGAGCAACUUUGGCUCAUGAAAUGAUGCACGCUUGGAUGAAGAUUGAAGGGUAUGAGGGGCUGUCCCUAAACAUCGCAGAAGGUAUUUGUGAAGUUAUGGCUCACAAGUGGCUAGAAUGGCAAUCUUUUACUGGUGAUGAAAACAUAAAAGGUACAAGUGAAAAAGCUCAGUUCUUGAGAAAUCUGAAAGAGUUUCUGAAAGAUGGAAUUGAAAAAAGCCAUUCUGAGGCAUAUGGUCAUGGAUUUAGAGAAGCAAAAUGGGCAGUUGAACGUUAUGGUUUAAGAUGCACACUGGAACAUAUAUCUCAUACAGGCAAGUUACCUGAGUGAUUUCAUGGCCUUUCUGCUUUAGAAGAACUUGUGUG